UCUCAGCCACAACUCGUGAUGUCGGUCGAUGUUCGAGCCCUUUUACAUCUUGAGCCUCUUACCAACGACGACGAGGGAGAAUCCGAUGCCAUCACCGCUGUAAUCCUCUCCGCAAGUCAAGACGAGAAUCCAACCAUUUCCUUAGUGGAAAUUUACUCCGUCUUAUGCCAAUCGCGCUCGGAGGCGCUCUUGGACCCACUCGCGAUUUUACCACCGUUACUUCGAACACGGCGGCCCGGCGCAAAUGAUCUUAUAUCGCUGGUCGGGGAGUGUGCGAGUGCAAAAGAGGUCGUGAUUGCAAUACAAGAAGCACUAGAAGGCGUCGCUCGUAUUUUGGCCGCUGAAGAUGAUGGAGACGAGCCAAACGAGAAAAGUUCACCAGUUGAACAACUGCUUUCCGUUGUGCAACUCUCGACCUCAGCAAUCCCUCGUCUCAAACUCCGAAGGAAAGCUCCAUCCGAAACCUUAACACCGCUGUUGUCCCAACUCGAACGAACAAUACACCUCGCAUCAGCCCAGCUAUCCCGCGACCAGGGCCGUCAACUCUUACUUGGACUGGCUCAACUUCUCCACACGGCAUUCCACUGGAUGCAUGGCUAUGAUCCAGAAGACGUGCCUUCAGGCCAGACACUUUUAAAGCGUGUUCUGGAUAGCGCUGUUUCAGAUUGUUCUCAAUGCUUGCAGUCUUCUCUGGCACAAAGGACAUUUGAAAAAUUGUACCCUCGUUUGACAAUUCGAUCUCAGCUGCUCGAAGACUGGCAAGCCGGAGAACUUGUCGUCGAGAAAGUCGCCGCGGCAUACAAGUUGAUCGAUAUCGAGAAUAAGCAACCGCCUAUUCCUUCAGUCGCCUAUUUGGUGCUUCUCUCGCACUCAGGAACCUUACCUUAUGAUAUCAACAAACUGUUCUUGUUCUUGUUGCCUAUUCUCAUCUCCUCUGUUCAAACGACACAUGCGCUUGACGAGACGCUCGCUCUCCUGUUGGUAGGCUUACAGGCAUCCAUGUUCUCAGCCGGCCAUCAGCUGUCGCCUGAAAUAUCUGGUCCGCUCUGUGCCAUCCUCCCGAGUCUGGCAAGUAGCCAUCCUGACGCCCAAACACGCCAUCAAGCUUUCCGCAUAUUAUCUCGUAUUCUGUUUCUCACUCCCCCACAACUUCGAAUACAAAUCCUGAAGGAUCUCGUCACCGAUACUCAAUUUCCUCAAAUGCGUGUUGCGGCAAUUGGUCUUGUCAAAGAAUCGGUUCUUGAUGCCCUUUCUCAUGAAACGUCAGCUAGCAUCUUUGCCUCUCCCCAGUUUCUCCAGGUCUUCGGUCCCAUCCUUCUUCGCCCCGACCCUUUAGAUCUAUUCGAUGCCGAGUUGGCACUUGACGCUAUGGUAGACUCGUCGGAGCCUGCACGACUAGUCGAAUGUCUGUCGUUGUAUUACAUCCUCCUGUUGCGGGAUAAGUCUAAUCGAACUGGGAUUCGUGAUCGCGAUCAGAUCAAGAAUGUUGAGCGGACUCUUCUUGCUCCAAUUCGCGCAACGCUUCUGCGAUGGAUGAAACUGGCUGUCGUGUCAGAUGACCACCUUCACACAGAGAUAAUGCCCUUAGUUGCACUCAAAACAAGCUUGGAACGAGUGGAUGUUGCGAUUAUAGAUCUCAAUUGA